UGAGGUCACGUGACUUGGAGUAGAGCCAAAAUGGCCGCUGUUGUAUUUUGACGUAUAUAAUAGCUAGCUACUUUUCUUUUUGUUUGAUUCUCGGUAGAAAAUCUACCAAUCGAGAGACGCUUUACAAGAUCUGCAUCUCGCCAUCUACCAUAUAUCGGUGUCCUAGUUUUUACUUUGGCGACAAUCAAGAUUGACACCUAUUCGUUGAACGUGUUAAACUAUGCAUAUUCAGUUCUAAUCGAAGCUAGCUAGCUAGCUGGCUCUGGCUGGCACUCCGAAGCAACUGAAAGUGAAAUAGCUAGCUGGCUUAGCUGCCAGGAUGGAGGAGUUGAGCGCAGACGAGAUUCGCAGAAGGCGGCUGGCACGGCUGGCAGGAGGACAGACAUCACAACCCAGCACCCCCCUAAGUACCCCUCUCACGUCCCCACAGAGAGAGACUCCACCUGGACCCCUCCCUGGCCCCUCAGGUGUCUCACCCCAACCUGUACCACCAGCUGCCUCUCAAUCAUUGGGUCUCAAUGUCCACAGUGGUACCCCUGCCACAUCUCCUAUGGGCACCUCUGGGGUGGCAUAUGGUAGUCAGAGCAGCGAAGGUGUAAGCUCCCUCUCCAGCUCCCCCUCCAACAGCCUCGAGACACAGUCUCAGAGUUUGUCUCGAUCGCAGAGCAUGGACAUUGACCCUGCCUCCUGUGAAAAGAGCAUGUCCCAGGUGGAUGUGGACUCAGGGAUUGAGAACAUGGAGGUGGAGGACAGCGAUCGCAGGGAGAAGAGAAACUUGACUGAAAAGGAAACUUCUGCAAACUCUGAUGUCUCUGAAGAUCAGGCUCUGCACUUGAUUUGUAAGAUCCUCCGCGUAUCGUGGAAGGAGCAGGACAGAGAUGUCAUCUUUCUCCCUUCGCUAGCUGCAGAUUUUCAUCAGAACCCUAAAGAUGUGUACUCUGACUUCAAAGACCUCAUCAGCCAGAUCCUGAUGGAAGUCUUAAUGAUGUCAUCCCAGUCAAAUGUCCACAACCCGUUCGCCAGCUUGACCGCCACCUCUCAGCCCAUUGCGGCAGCGAAAUCCUCCGACCACCGGCUGACGCUGGUGCAGCCCUCUAGCCAAGGCGGCAGCCCGAUGGGCCCCAGUGCUGGGUCUUUUGGAGCCAGCUCUCUCUCCAGUUUGGAUGGGUGGAAUAGUCCUCAUCCAAUGGCGUUGAAUGCAGCAGAGAGGACUUGCCCGUCUCUCUCUACCCCCGCUGCACCUGCUCCACCCUCUACGCCACAGUUUGUAGUUCCCCCCAGCCCACCUGCCACCGCCGGUACCAGGCACUCCCUCAAUCCGUCAUCUACCCCCAUGCCCAUCUCUCAGAGAUAUCGACCAUACUCUGUCACCACUCCCUGGGUGGCCUCUUCCCCCCUGAGCCCAGUUUAUAGAGGAUAUAGUUUCCCUGGUCUUUCUCCCAGCCCAGCUGCGCCCUCCGUUCCUCCAAACACCCCGGUUCCGGCAACGCCUUUAAGCCCCCAGUCCCUUCAUUUGAGCUCGCCCAGCUCAGGCAGCCAUCCCCCUUCCCCAACCCUUCCUGUGGUGCCUCCUUCUCCCAGACUGAGUUCUCGACAGGCUGCCUUUGCUGCCAGGAUCCCAUCAUCUAGCCCCUUGUCGUUCCUGUUUUUUGCCCUUUCUGACAUGUCUCAAGACAGCAGUGAUGAAGAGUCUGAGGAGGAGGAGGUGGUGGAGGAGGAGGAUUUUGCACAGGUUCAGUUUGGGUCCAGUCUGGGUGCCUGUGGAGGGGGGAUGUCAUGCGAUUCAGCCAGCGACCGUUUCACCAUUGAAGCAUGCAAAGAGACAGAGAUGCUGAACUACCUCAUUGAGCGUUUUGACAGCGUUGGCAUGGAGGAGAGGAAAGCUCCCAAGAUGUGCAGCCAACCAAAUGUCAGCCAGCUUCUCAGUAACAUUCGCUCUCAGUGUAUCUCCCAUGUUGCCCUUGUCCUGCAGGGGGCUCUGACUCAGCCUCGGAGCCCCCUCCAACAGUCUCUGCUGGUACCUUACAUGCUGUGUCGGAACCUUCCAUAUGGCUUUAUUCAGGAGCUGGUGCGCAUCACCCACCAGGAAGAGGAAGUGUUCAAACAGAUCUUCAUUCCCAUUCUCCAUGGGCUCGCUCUGGCAGUGAAAGAAUGUUCCUUUGACAGCGACAACUUUAAAUUCCCCCUCAUGGCAUUAGCUGAGCUCUGUGAAAUUAAGUUUGGAAAGACUCAUCCCGUGUGCAACUUGGCAACAUCACUUCCUCUGUGGUGUCCCAAACCUCUGAGCCCUGGUUGUGGCAGAGAAAUUCAGAGAUUAUCCUACCUUGGGGCGUUCUUUAGCCUUUCAGUAUUUGCAGAGGAUGAUACCAAAGUAGGGGACAAGUAUUUCUCUGGCCCAGCCAUCACCAUGGAGAACACCCGAGUUGUCAGCCAGUCGUUGCAGCACUAUCUGGAGUCAGCAAGGGGUGACCUUUUCAAAGUUCUCCAUAAUAUUCUGCUGAACGGAGAAACGCGCGAGUUAGCUCUCAACUACAUGGCAGCUCUAGUCAACUACAAUGUGAAGAAAGCUCAGAUGCAGACCGAUGACAAGCUGGUGUCGACAGAUGGCUUCAUGCUCAACUUCUUGUGGGUGCUGCAGCAGCUGAGCAUGAAGAUAAAACUGGAGACAGUGGACCCAUACUACAUUUUCCAUCCGCGGUGUCGCCUUGUCGUCAGCCUGGAAGAGACUCGUCUUAAAGCCACCAUGGAGGAGCUAAAGAGCUGGAUGGCUGAGCUGCAUGAGGAUCCCUCAAAGUUCUCAGAGCCCAAGUUCCCCACCGAGUGUUUUUUCUUGACACUUCACACUCAUCACUUGUCCAUCCUGCCAUGCUGUCGGCGCUACAUCCGCAGAUUGCGCGCCAUCCGUGAACUCAACAGGACUGUAGAGGAGCUGAAAAACAGUGAGAGCCAAUGGAAAGACUCUCCCCUGGCUAGUCGGCACAGAGAAAUGCUGAAGCGAUGUAAAACCCAGCUCAAGAAACUGGUGCGAGCCAAAGCGUGCGCUGACGUGGGCCUUCUGGACGAGAACCUGCUGCGCAGAUGUCUGCAGUUUUACAGCACAGUCAUUCAGCUCAUACUUCGCAUGGUGGACCCGGCCUACCCCAACAUUACCCUUCCUUUGAACCCUGAGAUUCCCAAAAGCUUUGCUGCUCUGCCGGAGUUUUACGUUGAAGACGUGGCAGAGUUUCUGCUUUUUGUCGUGCAGUACUCUCCCCAGGUUCUGUAUGAGCCGUGUGUCCAGGACGUUGUCACCUUCUUGGUCGUGUUCAUCUGCAGUCAGCACUACAUCAGGAACCCCUACCUUAUAGCCAAGUUGGUGGAAGUGCUGUUUGUCACCAACCCUGCUGUACAGCCUCGCACUCAGAGAUUCUCUGAAAUGAUGGAGAACCACCCGUUGUCCAUCAAACACCUGGUCCCUGCUCUCAUGAAGUUUUACACUGAUGUUGAGCACACUGGUGCUACCAGCGAGUUCUACGAUAAGUUCACUAUACGGUACCAUAUCAGUACCAUCUUCAAGAGUCUCUGGCAGAACAUUGCCCACCAUGGCACCUUCAUGGAGGAGUUCAACUCUGGCAAGCAGUUUGUGCGCUACAUCAACAUGCUGAUUAACGACACCACCUUCUUGUUAGACGAGAGCCUUGAGUCCCUGAAGCGCAUCCAUGAAGUUCAGGAAGAGAUGAAGAAUAAAGAGCAGUGGGAUCAGCUGCCCAGAGAGCAGCAGCAGAGCCGCCAGUCCCAGCUGACUCAGGAUGAGCGAGUGUCUCGCUCUUAUCUGGCGCUGGCUACAGAAACGGUUGAAAUGUUCCACAUCCUAACCAAGCAGGUUCAGAAGCCUUUCCUCAGGCCUGAGCUCGGACCUCGUUUAGCUGCUAUGCUGAACUUUAACCUUCAGCAGCUCUGUGGGCCCAAGUGCCGGGACCUGAAGGUGGAGAACCCAGAGAAAUACGGCUUUGAGCCCAAAAAGCUCUUAGACCAGCUGACAGACAUCUACCUUCAACUGGAUUGCGCCCGCUUUGCUAAAGCGAUUGCAGAUGACCAGCGAUCAUACAGCCGGGAGCUUUUUGAGGAGGUUAUUUCCAAGAUGAGAAAGGCUGGUAUUAAGUCUUCUAUUGCCAUUGAGAAAUUCAAGCUGCUAUCCGAGAAGGUGGAAGAAAUAGUCGCCAAGAACUCCCAGUCAGAGAUGGACUACAGUGACGCACCUGAUGAGUUCAAAGACCCUCUGAUGGACACUCUGAUGACUGACCCGGUGAUGCUGCCCUCUGGGAACAUUAUGGACAGAUCCAUCAUCUUGCGCCACCUGCUGAACUCCCCCACUGAUCCCUUCAACAGGCAGCCCCUCACAGAGAGCAUGCUGGAGUCAGUGCCUGAGCUGAAGGAGAGGAUCCACACCUGGAUGAGGGAGAAACAGGGCUCUCGGCCUUUCUAACAAACCCUUCGUUAGUGUCAGGCUGUGUUACUGAUUUGAAGGGAUCUUUCCAAAUCAUCUGAAUUUAAUGUCACUACUACCAAUGAAAACAACAUUUUGAGUGGAAGGGGGGGAAAAAAGGAUACCUGAUUGGAUUUUUAUUUGCAUUUACCCUUUUUGUCUCAAACCAUUAUCAUGGUUCUAAAAACAAAACAUAAUAAAGUUAAAACUUUUAAGUUUG